CCAAUCGAGCAUUUGUAGAGAGGAUCGGGAUCAAGCUCGAGAACAGCAUGGCAUCAUCUCAGGGUAAAGGAGAGCUGCGUCUCUCGGACUGGAUGGCGAAUUUACCGUCCAACCUGCACACCAUACCCCUCACCAACCUGGCCGUCCCCGGAUCUCACGACUCCUUCAGCUUCUACAUUGAUGAAGCUUCUCCCGUUGGGCCUGAACAGCCUGAAACGGUGCAGAAUUUCGUCUCGGUUUUUGGAGCCGUGGCCAAAAAGCUGAUGCGUAAAUGGCUCGCCACACAAACCAUGAACUUCUCCAACCAGCUGGAGGCCGGAAUCCGGUUCUUCGACCUCCGCAUCUCCACCAAACCCCGGGAUCCUGAAAACGAGCUCUACUUCGCUCACGGGCUCUUCAGCGCCACCGUACGAGAAGGUUUGGAGCAGAUCAGCACGUUCCUCUCGUCCCACGCCAGAGAGAUCGUCUUUCUGGACUUCAAUCACUUCUACGGCGUGCAGAACCUGCACCACGAGAAGCUGGUGCAGAUGUUACGCACGGUCUUCGGGGACCGUCUGUGCCCCGCCGUGUUCGCCGAGGAGGUCAGUCUGAGGUAUCUGUGGGAGAAGGAGUACCAGGUGCUGGUGUUCUAUCACAACCCCAUGGCGCUGGAGGUGCCCUUCCUGUGGCCGGGCCAGAUGAUGCCGGCUCCGUGGGCUAACACCACCGACCCGGAGAAACUCAUCCAGUUCCUUCAGACCUCGGUGACCGAGCGCAGGCGGAAGGGGACGUUCUUCGUGUCUCAGAUGGUCCUCACGCCCAAAGCCAGCACCGUCAUAAAGGGAGUUGGCAGCGGGCUGAGAGAGACCAUCACCGAGAGAGCCCUGACCGGAAUGAUGCAGUGGAUCCGAUCGCAGCGUCCCGGUGAAAGCGGAGUGAACAUCAUCACGGCUGAUUUCGUGGAGCUGGGCGACUUCGUCAGCGCCGUGAUCACGCUGAAUUAUUACGUGGGCGACGAGGAGGAGAACGCCACCUGAAGCUACGGAUCCCAAACGCCGCGUAAUUCUUUACCCUGCUAGUUUUGUUUUUUUAAACCGUCACCUUCCUCUGGUUUUAGGGGUGAAGCGAUGGGGGCUGGAGGGUUUAAACGGUGAGGAUGAUGAGUCUGUGUUAGGCAUGUGCUGAUUAUCACGGUUUUAUGAUUUAUGGCAAUAUUUGAUGCUCAGUUCUGUACAAACGUUACUGUUAUGCAUUCUGGGGGGCGCUAUAGAGCAUUUCUGGGCGUUUUUAUCUAUUUGAUUCAGAAAUAUGGAUCUGUGUGAAGGAGAAUCGUUUGUUUGAACGCUUGGUGAACAGAACUGUUACUUUAUUUUAUUAUAAUAUAAUUAUAAUAAUUAUCAGUAGAGCAGUCGUCAUGUUUAAUAUCGGCACAUGCCUACCGUACCGGUCGCCCCGGACAGGAUCGAUGGAAAUUACUGAUGUUUUCAGCAAAAAAAAAAUAAAAAGUAAAUAAUGAUUUUCUGCUUUAUCUUCUGUAAGAAGCGGAUCGAAGCUUCCGAUGUCACGCUACCAUAUAAACACGUCAUAGUGAAUAAAUGUUGUACUUACGGUGAAUGUGAUGCUGUAGGUGAAACCGCGGUUGUAAUCGUAACUCGUAUGAUUGUUCAUCUGUAAAUACGGUGUAAAAAAAAAUCAGGUCGGACUUCAGUACUCGGUGUGUAACGUUCUGAUGCGUUUUAAUGAUGUCAUCACCUAUAUGAUAUAAGGUUAUAUAUCAGGUUUAUUAUCGCUGAUAUAUCAGUACACCUUUAUUCUCAACAUUCCUGCUUUUAUAGCUCAAUUAUACAGA